UCGCAGAAGACUCGACUCAGUUCAGUCGUUCUUCGUCUUCAGUUGACAUCAGCUGAUGACUGAAAUGUCAAUUUACCAAUCACCAAAAAAUUACUACUGUAUAAAAUAUGUUGAAAUUCCAUGGUAAAGGAAGAAAGUAAAAAUACUAAAAAUCACAUGAAAAAUACUUACAUUUGAUUUAAAAUUCUUUCAUUGAUCACUUAUGAUUUUUGUGUUUACUCAUAAUAAACAUCUUUGCUAAAAAAUUAACUUUCUUUCAUGUUAACUGAAUUUUAAAAAAAAUAUUAUUUACUGGAACUAUUUUUUUAAAACUAUUCUAUUUAUCGAUUGGAAAAGUUAUCGAUUAAUUAAUUACAAAAUAUCGACUUCACACUUGUCCUACAUUCUUCAUUCAAGAGAAUCUGUCUUUUGCAGUCCUUGACUGGGUCACUAUCGCUCAAUAUCUUGAAGAUAUCAACUAAAUAGCCACAAUGAGCGUACCUGCUGGAGAUGCCGAUAAGGGAAAGAAGGUGUUUGUACAGAAGUGCUCACAGUGCCACACAGUUGGCAAGGGAGAGAAGCACAAGGUUGGACCUAACCUCAAUGGAUUGAUUGGCAGGAAGACCGGACAGGCAGCUGGAUACACCUACACAGACGCCAAUAUUAGCAAAGGCAUCACCUGGAACAAAGACACAUUAUUCGUCUACUUGGAGAACCCGAAGAAGUACAUUCCAGGCACAAAGAUGGUGUUCGCCGGCAUCAAGAAGCCACAGGAGCGCGCCGAUCUCAUCGCCUACCUAGAACAGGCCACUAAGUAAAUUUAACGCGUUAUCAUAAUGGUAUUGUAGUGAUGAAAGUAUUAUGCAAGUGAGGGCCAAGGACGCAAGUGGCUACCAAAGUACAUAGGAAAAAUAUUAAUGUAAAAACUACCCUCUUAUUGAUUUCAAUCAAUAAUCCGUGCUCGUUUUAUUUAUUGUGUCUGUGACACACUUCAUGUUGAUGUAAAUUGUAUAUUUAAAAAAAUUGGUUCCUUGUUGUCUAAUAAUAAGCAUAAAACCAUUCAUUCAUGUUGAAAAAUUGUUUUUGUCUAAACCUGUAGCUUUUCCCAUAAUUGAAAAUUUACCAGUGACUGUCAGAAUAUUUUCUAGAAAAUCAAAUUUUGUUCUCAUAGAGUAUUUUAUUUGUGUACAAAUAAAAACAGAGACUUCGAAGCUUGA